AUGUCCUGGAUGGACUCCUGGUCGCGGCCCUCCAAGCACUCCGCCACCCCACCGCCUCUCUACCUCGUCCCCGGCAAUGAAAACACGCCCUACUGCCACACGUGCGGCCGCAUCAUCAGCGACCGCAAAUCCCACGCUAAGAACGCCGCUGCCACGCCCGCAAAAUACUGCUCCUCGCGCUGUCGGAGCCACAAACCCGGUCCGACAGACCGCAAGAUCGAGGAGGCGUUUGUGAGGCUGUUGAAUGGGGAGGAGGAUGUCACUGCCGCGCAUCUGGCGUUAGGGGCGCCGCCGCCGAGCAGCGGGAAGCGGAGGGAGGAGAAGAGGAAGAAAGGGGAGAGGCGGAUCGUGGUGCAAUGCCAGGACGUGGAGACGCUGGUGUUUGGGUCGAGGGUUGAUCCGGAGAAGACGUAUGGGCGAAAGAAAAACAGAGCGAAGAGGGGGUUUGCGGAUCCAGAGGAGUGGAGGAGCGUGGAUAUGGUUAGUGAGGAGGAGGGGUCUGUGGAAGGGGAAAAGAUCCAGGGCUCUACGGACACGAACAAGAGUGUGGGUACUGCAAGUGAAGGGGAGAACGCUGGGGAUAACGAUGGUGCGGCAGGCACAGGGAGUGAUGGGGAAGCUGCUGCGGGUGCGAGCAGUUCAGGGAGCUCGGUUGCAGGUGAUGAAGAAGGCGGUGUUAGCUUGACCGGAUCGAAACCAGAGAAGAAGAAGGGCGGCAGGGCGAAGAUCAGACCGCCGCAGUAUGAGGCAGAGGUCAACGGAAGUAUCGGAGGAGAGAUCAGCAAGGCGGAGCGACAGGAAGAAUCGGCGGAAGCGAUACAGAAGAGGCUCGAGGGUCAGCGUAAAGCGGAGGAGAGGGAGAUGGUCAGGCGGGCUGCUAGGCGAGGUUGCGCCUUUGGCUUCGUUUUGGGGGGCCAGGACGGUAAAGACGCCGAUGGCAAGAAGGGCGAGGAGCGCAGGAAGUGUGAGGCCAUCAUGAACGAUCAGGCUGUGGAGGCCAGCUUUGCGAAGGGAGAGUGGGGUAUCCGAUGGCGUGAGUAA